AUGCUGCAUACCAAUACACUCCAGCGCGUCCUCGGUGGUGAGGAGUGUCUUUGCACUCACGCUGGGUUAAGCCAGUAUAGUCGCUCUGGCUCGCCUUCCGCGUGUGGCUUGGCGGCGAUGAACUGCGUUCGGUAUCUCCUGUCUCUUGAGCGUCAAGGCAUGUCUAGCCCAGAGCUGGUGAACAAAAUGGUAACAAAAGAGUCGAUGGAGAACAUUAUGUCAAUCUGUUCAAAGUGGACUAGCGAUGCUCACCUUGAAGUCGAAGAUAUUUUGAAAACACCCUUGUUCAAAGCCACACUCCGGCACAUACGGACUGACUAUGGACCAGCUGGGCAAUCAACAUUUGAAGCAAUGCUUCGUCGACUGGGACAACUCGCCAGUCAGAGUGCAUCAUGUGCAGUCGUCAUAACCCGUCCGCCCGAGAUAGUCAUGUGCAUGAAGAUUGCGCACCCUCAGGACUUAUUCGUCAUUUUCGACUCUCAUCCACGGAAAUCUCAUCCAGACGGUGCUGCAUUCAUUUUCCGCGGCUCGCUUGAAUCAGCUUCUCGGCACCUUUCCGAAUUGUUUCCAGUCGAUGCACGCCUCCUCGCUCCAGACAGUGAUCUGCAAUGGCAAGCUGCACUCCUCGCACACGUGUCUGGCCAUUACUUUAAACUUUCACGCAAUGAUAUGCGGAUGUCUCAAGAGGCAGAGCAAGCUUUCCUUGAGGCGAACUGUUCUAUUCUUCUUGCGAAGGCCGAAGAAAACGAGGCAAAGUCGUGCUCUGCAUUACUUUCUUCGGAGAAUGAGCGCCUAAAGACGAAUCUUGAGCUAAUGCAAGACGAAUUGGAGUUUCUGAAGGCCGAGAAAGCAGCGCGCACGGCCGAACUGGAAGAAUUACGAGAGCUCAAGAAGGUCUUAUCAUCCCAUGCACAGGUUCAAUCAGCAACUGCUUGCACGUCAUGUCUUCGCGAUAGUGAGAAUCGUGUCAAGUACCAGUCAUCUGUCGCAAGAUCCAUCUUCGGCAAUGUGUACGACACCAGAAACAACUUCCAGAACUCUAUUCAUAGCAACGACAGCCGUCUCGCUCAGAACUUUGAAUUGUCUGAGGCUAUUUCCCGUACAGGAUCGAAAGGGAAGAGAAAAGAACCACUGUUUCCGGAGGAUAAUGGCUUAGAGGCGGCGAUACGCUUACAGUUAGAAUAUCAAGAAGAAAAUGCGGCUCUUAUUGCACAAAUGCAACGUUUACAGGAAACUUUUGUGCAACAGAUGUUUGAUUGUAGAAUUUGUAUGGACCAACUUCCUAUUGACGACGUCGCUCGCCUCAAUGAUUGCGAACAUUUAUUCUGUCGAUCGUGCAUUCGCCAGUAUAUCUCAUCGAAGCUCGAGGACCGAAAGUUCCCUAUUCAUUGUCCAUGCUGUUCUGCUGAAGGGGAUGGUGAUAGAAGGGGUAGCGUCUCAGAGGCUCUUAUCCAUCAAAUUGGAAUAUCGGAUCAAGCGUAUACCAUAUUCAAUGAAUUGCAGAUUACAAAGUUUUCUGUUCCGGUGCAAUGUAGAGCAUGCAACCGAAGCGCAUUUGUUGACAAACUCGAGUUUGAACGGACGAAGGUUCUUUUCUGUCCAUUUCCGAACUGUUCCUAUGUGUGGUGCAAAGAGUGUCAGCAAGAAGUCGACACGAGCAAGGAUGGCCCGAUUCAUUCGUGUGAUGGUAGCGAGGAACUCACGCACCUCAUGUCGCGGACAGGAUGGAAGAACUGUCCUGGAUGCAAGACACCAACAGAGAAAACGGAAGGCUGUAAUCAUAUGACGUGUGGAUCACCUGGCUGCAAUACGCACUUCUGUUAUAUUUGCGGCGGACUAAUCAUACAAUCUACUCAACGUGACGCGAUCAAGACUCAAGUCGCCGCGCAUUACAGGUCGAAUUGCCAGCUCUUCCAUGUACCGCCAGAGAAUUAG